AUGGAGCCGACAAACCACACCCAAGACGGACGAGACGGUCAGCAGGUGGCGGAGGCGACCCGACGACGGCCGGGGGCAACAUACCCCACCGGAGCCACGGACACCCUCCUUGCCCAUCCCACUCUCCAGUCUCAGACCCAGCAAGAGGCAGAGGCAACCCUGCAAUGGCUGGAGACAACGCACUCCACCAGAGCCACGGGCACCCUCCCGGCCCACACCGUACCCCAGUUCCUGUCCUGGAGCUUCAGCCCAGCCGCAAGAAGCACAGCGGAGGACGAAGUUGCGGACCAAUCACUCCGUUACUGGGCCGACAGGGUAGAACACUGGAUGGAGCCACCCUACCCAAAUUGGGAGCUCACCUAUCCUGAAACACCGACCAGACCAUUCCCAACAACAUCGCGGCCAGCUGACAGGGACAUGCAAGCCAGGCUCACAGCCAUGGAAGCCCAACUACGGGACCUAGGAGCCAUGUUACAGUCCCUGAUAACCAACGGACCCUACAAGACGAUGCCAACGCAGGUACCCACCCCAAACCAGACCCCGAAUGGGAGAGGGCAUGCCUGCAUGCAAGUUGCAAUGAUAUACCCCAUGACCCAGAAGAUGCUGGCAACCUUCCGAGAGUUCCUCGACAAAAACCUUGCCAGGGGUUUCAUAGAGCCAGCAAACUCACCCGUCGGAGCACCCGUCCUUUUCCGGAAAAAAAAGGACGGCACCUUACAGCUUUGCACCGAUUACCGGGGGCUGAACGCCACAUCCCUCUCCAACAAAUACCCACUGCCCCUCACCGUGCCUGCUUCAGUGUGUACUGAGAGCUGCCUCCCUGGUUAUUUCAGGAGACAGCAGGAUGGGAAGCCGUUUUGCUGCUGUGAUUGCCUUCCAUGUCCCAAAGAGAAAAUGUCAAGCCAGAAAGGUGACCUAAGCAUUGGUGGUGUUACUUCUUUCGUCUUCAGAAACAGAGAUAUAGAAAGCUUUGAGGACGUUCCCCAUCAUUCUCUUUUUGGUGAAUCCCUAGUCCUGACUAAGUGUUAUCAGCAUAACUUGGCCAUGAUAUUUGCUGUGAAGAAGAUCAAUGAAGACCUCCAGCUCUUACCUAAUAUCAGCUUGGGCUUCAGAAUCCUUGAUAGCUAUGCUGGGGCACAGACAUAUCAUGCCACAACGGAACUUUUAUCCAGUGAGAACCAAUUUGUUCCCAAUUACAAGUGUGGCAUUCUGAACAAACUCAUAUCGGUUGUUGGGACUAUUGAUCCUGAAAUUGCUUUUGAGAUGGUAGAUAUUUUAGACACUUACAAAGUACCACAGUUCCCAACUGGCUCUUCUCCAAAUGAAAGUCCUUUCUACUACCACAUGGCUCCAGGUGAAGAACUUCAUUACAAGGGAAUUAUUCGACUACUUUUGCACUUCAGGUGGACUUGGGUUGGGGUGCUUGUGAAAGGAGGUGGUGGAAGAAAAUUUGAGCACCUAAUCUUUUCAGUGUUUUCUCUCCAUGGCAUCUGCACUGCCUUCUUGGAACAAUUCAGAGCAGUUUAUAUCACCAAUGUUUUUGAGGGGUUGAAAUCGCUUGUUGAAACCUUUUAUCUUUUUAUUAACAGCAAAGCCAAUGCUAUCAUAAUCAAUGAUAAGUAUCUUUUAAACUUAAGAUGGUUGUUACAUCUACCUGAAAUGGAAUUGGUUCUUCUAAAGCCAAAAGGUAAGGUGUGGAUUGUUGCUUCACAAAACGGUCUCGCAUCAUUCUUUUACCAGAGGAGCUUGGAUAUCCAAGUUCUCCAUGGUGCUCUCAGCAUUGUAGUUUACUCAAAUGAAGUUUCAGGAUUCCAGCAUUUUCUCCAGACACGGAACCAUUUCUCCACAAAAGAGGAUGGUUUCCUCAAAGAUGUGUGGGAGCAAGCAUUUGGCUGUGUCUUUCCAAAUCCAUCUGGGAAUGAUGAAACGGAGGCCAUCUGUACAGGGAAGGAGAAACUGGAGAGCCUUCCUGGGGCCUUUUUUGAAAUGAGGAUGACCAGUGAUAGUUACAGUGUAUACAAUGCAGUGUAUGCUGCGGCACAUGCUUUACAUGCCAUGAUGUUGAGCCAACAACGAAACAGGAGAAUGUUUACUGGCAGAAAACUCAAUCUCCAUGAUCUCCAGCCAUGGCAGCUUCACUUCUUUUUAAAAAGAGUCUCAUUUAACAAUAGUGUUGGAGAUGAAAUUUCCUUUGAUGGCAAGGGAGAACUGAUUACAGGACUGGAUAUUGAGAACUGGGUCACAUUCCCAAACCAGUCCUUCCAUCGAGUGAAAGUUGGAAAGCUGGAUCCCUGGGCUGAUGAAGACAAAAUGUUCACUAUUCAUGAGGAAGCCAUCAGCUGGCACAGCACUUUCAACCAGACUGUGCCUGUUUCAGUGUGUACUGAGAGCUGCCUCCCUGGUUAUUUCAGGAGACAGCAGGACGGGAAGCCGUUUUGCUGCUAUGAUUGCCUUCCAUGUCCCAAAGAGAAAAUGUCAAGCCAGAAGGAUCUGGAUGACUGCUCCAAAUGCCCAGAAGUUCAAUAUCCAAAUAAGGACCAAGAUUCAUGUAUUCCCAAGAAAAUAUCUUUCUUGACCUAUGAAGAACCAAUGGGAAUAGGAUUAGUCAUUCUGGCACUUCUCCUUUCUUUCUGCACACUUGUGGUGCUGGCAACAUUUCUGAAGUAUCACCAUACCCCCAUUGUCAAGGCCAAUAAUCGAAAUCUCACCUAUGUUCUACUAAUUUCUCUCCUCCUCUGCUUCCUUUGCUCACUGCAGUUCCUGGCUGCACCUGGCAAUAUAAUAUGUGUCCUCCGACAAAUUAGCUUUGGCAUUAUCUUCUCAGUGGCUGUGUCUUCUGUGCUGGCAAAAACGAUUACGGUUGUUUUGGCUUUUAUGGCCACCAAGCCAGGAUCCAGGAUGAGAAAGUGGGUGGGAAGAGGACUGGCCACCUCCAUUGUUCUUUCUUGUUCCUUGAUUCAAGCAAGCAUCUGCACAGUGUGGCUCUUCACCUUUCCUCCUUUCCCUGAUGUUGACACCCAUUCAGAAAUUCAGGAAAUCAUCCUGCAGUGCAAUGAAGGCUCAGCUACCAUGUUCUACUGUGUCCUGGGCUACAUGGGCUUUCUGGCAGCUGCCAGUUUCACAGUAGCGUUUUUCUCCAGGAAGCUUCCCAGCAGUUUCAAUGAGGCCAAAUGUCUCACAUUCAGCAUGCUAAUCUUCUGCAGUGUGUGGGUCUCCUUUGUUCCAACCUACAUGAGCACCAAAGGGCAAUAUAUGGUGGCUGUGGAGGUUUUCUCCAUUUUAGCCUCUAGUGCUGGGUUGCUAGGCUGCAUAUAUUUCCCCAAAUGUUACGUAAUUAUUCUUAGGCCAGACCUAAACAACAAGGAGCAACUAAUAAAGAGAAACAGUUAA